AUGAACUGGACUGGAGGCCGUCUACAGCGACACUCGAAAGACCCAAGUACACUACAGAAACAGAGAUUCGCAAAGCCCAGGUCAAGAGAUGAUGACGCUCAAGUACCUGAAAUCUUCCAGAGCCAAUUCCACGUCCCCAAGUCGCAGAAACGUACACUUAGCGGGGAACCUGAUUCACGAGACCAGCCCAGUAGGAACUUACACGGGCUGUCCAACCCCCCAGCAUGCGCGAGCAACGAACCUCCCCAAGCCUUAUCCCGCUUAGACCGCAUCAAACGCCAACUACUAGGAACAAACGACUGGGCUGCAAUUGGAGUCACCCGCCCAGUCAAGAUGCCAUUUAGGUCCAUAGAGGAACUGGAGAGAUUCGGGAAAAGGCGGAAGUUGACAGAGGCGGAUCACAAUAGACUGGUCCCUUCCGGUGGCAGGAUCAGCCACCCGAGACCUCGCCAAGGGCCGCGAGAGCGUGCGUCAUCUGAGUUUGGAAUGAUUGGAAAAGUGGAUAUCCGAAUACAUCGGCCGUGGGAUAGUCCAGAAUCUUCGAGUAAUGGUCGCAACAAAAACAGUAACGAGUCAUCCCAGCCAAUGCUCCUAGAUAGGGAGGAUUCCGACCUCGUGGAUCGGAGUCUAUCAACAGAUGGAGGAGCAUACAGUCCAAGUAAGGGAAGAACCAUUUCCAGUCAAUUACUUCUAUCGUCUCAGAACCUUCCCAGGAAGUCGCCAUCUCUUGCGCCAUCGGACAUCGUUCUUCCUAUCGAGUCUGUAUCUCAGGAACAAGAACAGCAGUACGCCAAUCUAUUUGGUCCUCAUCCAUAUCCACAACCGUCUAGAUCGCUGAUGAGGCUCGACAGCUAUACUCCCAGCCUUCACCAGCCAGUUCCACAAUUUCCCAGACGUUUUACUAUUGACGACCAGAUCGCUGCUGAACUGGAAGCACAGCCCUCGCGCGAAAUGCGGGAUAAGGCACAACUACAACUGAGCGAUGCAGGCGAUAGCUAUGCGGCAAGCGAGUGUUCGUCCAAGAGGAUGCACGAUGAAUAUGGUCUUAGCGCCGCAGCCGGGACCCAGUUCAUAUCGAGCAACCAGUUCUCUGGUUGGCUUCCGGAACCAAAGCAUCAUGUCCAACAGUUCGUGGGCCAGGAAGAUCCUUCAGCCAACACAUCACAUACGGUUACUGUGUCGGAGACAGUCGACCGUGGACAACCUACCUAUGAUGCUGAGCUAGGUUUAAGGAUGAACGCAUCGGGCUCAUAUACCUCUCCGAUCAAGAUAUUUGAUCAUUCCGUCGGACUUAAUGAAACCAUGGAGGAUAUCCAAAAUUCACAGCAACCGGUGUACAAUACCAAUCCUCGUUUUAACCCACCCCAAAGCUAUAUGACUCCCAGUCCUCAGCAUGCUCGACCACAGGAAGAGUUUGAUCCGGAGAGAUACAUGCUGAACGGAUCCAUUAAAAGAGCAAUGAACCAAGCAUUUAAUGAUCGACCCAGAAAAGAUUUCGAACCCUACAGAAAUACUUUAUUUACCCCAUUUCGCCAGAGAAUCUCGAGACAGCCUGAUGUUAAUAAUCUGAAUUUUGUGAACGAUGUUGUCGAACAGCAAACUGUCUAUGAACAAUACCUAUCGACAUCAACAUCUUCAAAACAGGAAGCCACCGAUAGUCGACAGCGAUUUAUUGCGACUUCGUCUCCAAAUUUACUUUCAACGGAGAGAACGUACCGAAAGCCCUUCUAA